AUGGGUGUCAACAAAAUCACUCACGUUGCGGGUAUCGGGCCACAACCAGAAGCUGGCCAGACCGUGAUUAUCGAGUAUACUGGUUGGCUGAAGGACUCGAGCCAGGCCGAUGGAAAGGGAGCCCACUCGAUCGGUCGUGGGGAUUUUGUCACGCAAAUCGGGGUUGGGAGACUCAUCAGAGGAUGGGAUGAGGCUGUAUUGGAAAUGAAGGUUGGCGAGAAGGCCACUUUGGAUAUCUCUAGUGAUUACGGAUACGGAGAGCGGGGUUUUCACGGCCACAUUCCUCCGAACGCGGAUUUGAUUUUGUGAGUUGUCUCUUGUAUGCUACAUAUCUUGCUCCAGCUUGUCUCCUCAGUCAAGGUAGCGAAGGGCAAGAUAGCGACAGCAAGGAUACGAGCUAAUAUGUGAUAGUGACGUAUAUCUCAAGGGUCUCCAGUAGCUAGGCGGUUCACUGAUCUCGGGAAAAGGAGAUGAGGUCCUUAGUUCAACG